AUGAACACAAACCAAUACCAGUCACUUUCCACUGAGAGGGAAGAAAUCAUGAGCAUUAUUCCGGACCUGAAGCCCCCAAAAUUCUAUCCCGUGCCGGUGUCGAGGCAAUGCCUCGUGAAACUCACGUCCAGAACGCAGAGGACAUCGUGCCGAGGACAGAUCGGACGACUCAACCGGGCUACAUAUCGGACGCUGAUAUAUUAG